AUGAAAUUAGUGAGACUUGGUGAAAAAGAAAAAGAAUGGACUCUUAAUGGAAUAUCGUCAAUAAAAAAUUUUAUAAGAAAAUCAGAAAAACAUUCUAUAUCUAAAAAAUAUUUGAUAAAUCAAGAAAAAUUCCAUCUUUUGGGAAAAGUUCGAAUUGAACAUGUUAUUUCGGAAGGCCGACGAUUAACUGUUAUAAAACAUAAUGAACAAUUUUCUAUAAAUAAACGUUUAAUUGAACGUAUGAUCCACGUUGUUUGUUUUUUGAGAAAACAAGAGCUUGCCUUUCGUGGGCAUCAGGAACAAGACGAAUCUUUAAAUAAAGGCAAUUAUCUUGAGUUACUUGAUCUACUCGCUCAAGAAGAGCAUUUACUUAAGGAUCACUUUUUGUCAUCAUCAAUAUUUAAAAGCACAUCUAAGAUAAUACAAAAUGAUUUGAUUGAAAGUGUCACUACAAUUUUAAAUUCAAAAAUUUUUAAAGAAGUACAAACUGCUAAUUAUAUAUCUAUUCAAGCAAAUGAAACCACUGAUGUGUUCUGUCGAUCUCAAAUGAGCAUCAUUUUUCGUUAUGUUAUAGAAGAAAAAGUUGUCGAACGAUUUAUUGGUUUUUUGAUGUUUCAAAUGAUAAAACGAAUCGAAAAGAUCUAG